AUGAGAUAUCUCACUGUCCUUACUGCCCUUCUGGGUGCAGUUUCAGCCGCUCCUUCGCUCAUCUCCAGAGCCAAGUCGCCAUUCAGCGUCGCCAAGCCCGGCGACGCCCAGGAUAUCAUCAUCACCGCGAACAACACUCUCAACGGAACUUUCCACAGUUCGACCACGACAAUUGUGAACAAGAACGCCAUUCACUCCCGCGCUCUUGGUGGUAGUCUGCCCAUUAAGCUCGUCAACAGCUUCAGUGGUGGCCAGGUCAACGCCUACAUCUCCGGUCUCGACUCUGACGGCCGAGUUGUCUUCGUUGCCGCCGAUGGCAGCUUGGUUUACCCUAGCUCCGGAGGCUCCGCCGUCCCUGUUGCCAUCACCAGCAACAUCGCCAUUCCUCUGCCUGCGCAGGGCAACUCCAUUACCGUCACUGUGCCCAUCGUCAUCACUUCUGCCCGAAUCUACUUCUCCGAGGGCAGCCUCCAGUUCUUCAUGGUCAAGAUUCCCAACGGUGACGGUUUGGUUCAGCCUUCGCCGACCAACCUCUCUGAUCCCAGUGCGGGCGUCAACUGGGGAUUCGUCGAGCUUUCCUACACUACGGGCUUGGCUGUUUACGCAAACAUCAGCUAUGUUGACUUUGUCGGCAUGAUCCUGAGCAUGACCCUGUCCGUCAAGGAUGGUAGCGGCACCCAGGUUACCAAGGGUCUCAGCUCUACCGCCGUCAGCCAGAUCUGCAAUGGCCUCGUCCAGCAGGGCAACUCGGAUGGCUUCCCAUGGAGCUCCAUGUGCGUUGCCAACUCUGCGGGAACCCCCAUCCGCGCCCUCUCGCCCAACGACUACAACGUCAUCAACUCGGCCGGAUUCCAGAACUACUGGAGCGCCUAUGUCGACCAGGUCUGGAACCAGUACACCAACAACCCCCUGACCAUCAACACCCAGAGCGUUGGCAACGUCAACUGCCAGGUUUCCGGCGGCACUCUCAACUGCAGCGGCGACAACCGCGGCUAUGCCAAGCCUACUGCUGGUGAUAUCUGGGGCUGCAACAGCGGACCAUUUGCCAUCCAGGGCGGUGACAACGCCAUCCACACCGCUGUUGUCCCCCGUCUCUGUGCUGCCUUUGUCCGAUCUACCCUCCUGAUUGCUGGCGGCAACGUCCAGCCUGGUGUCGCCUCUUCUCAGUACUACACUGUGAACCCCACCAACCACUACAGCCGCCUCGUACACUCCCUCGAAGUUGAUGGAAGAGGAUAUGCCUUCCCCUAUGACGACGUCAACCCUGAUGGUGAGAAUGCCUCUGGCACUCUGGCUUCGGGCAGCCCUGACACUCUUACCGUCUUUGUUGGUGCCCCACCAUCUUAA